AUGGUCUGGAACGGUAUAACCAUCACUGGGGCCGGCUAUCUCACAUACGAUACUAUUUUUCUGACCAGUUCUGGAAGUGUGAAGGUUGCGGACGUUGAUCGCAGUUGCGUAAUUGAUACGGAGGACAUUAAUGCUGCGAACGCUGAAGCUCUAUGCACUAUCCGAUAUGAUAACCAGACUUCGGAAGCAAAUGAGUCCGAUCGACCCUUGGAGCCCCCGGGCGCAGAAUCUGCCGGCACGGCUGAUAAGCACGCCUUUGAACAUUCAGCAUUCCGAAAAGAGAAAGAAUAG